UUUCAGUGCUUUCGCUGAAAGGGUUUAUUGCGAUGUUUCUUUGCUUCGACUGGCUUUGGGACAUUCCGUUUCCUAUUGCCCAAUCACUGCGGCAGCAAAGUGUCAGUACAGGAUGUUCUCUAGGGAUGCGAUCUCAGGAAAUAAUUCCGGCCUCGAGAAGUCACCUUGAAAAGUGACUGGGCAGUGCACUGCCAGCUGAAAGGAGAAUCAUGAGAGAUGCAAUUCAAAGUAGGGUUUCGUCCCAGGCGCACGUGUGAACACCAACAAGGGGCGGGGUUUAGGGAUUUCGCAGCCCGGGGAGGCGGGUUCCGCGGUGUCGGAUCUGGAGUGGAGACCGCUCUCUGCUUGCGCGUGCGCAUUGCGAACCUUCCCCGACGCUGUUUUCUGCUCCAAGAUGGAAUUCCGCUCCGCGCGGCAAGCAAUAAUGCAGCUGCUACGUACGGUGGCUCCGGCAGACCUCCCAGCGCUGCUCGAGUGGAUGAGAACUACCCGAGAUUUUGAUGAGUUCACUCAAGAUAAUAAUGACAUUAUGUUGAAAAACAUAGCAGAAGACCUUCGGAAUUGCUUACCUCUAGAAACCAUGCUUUCCUCAGAACAUCUAGCGCUCCAAAAAAUACAGCAGCAGCCAGAACCCACAGUUCACGUUGAUGCAUUCCUUUAUGAUGAAGACUUUAUUGAUUCAUUAUGUGAGGAAGGAAAAAUGAGCAGAAACUACUGUAUGGUGUGUGGCUCACACCAGACUGCACCUUUAGGAUUUAUUUCUCAUUCCUUCUCCCUCAUGGAAUUGAAGUUCAUUUAUCAUCAUGUCCUCCCUGAUCUGUCGGGAAAGGUCUUGGUUGACGUUGGCUCCAGGCUUGGCACAGUCCUUUAUGGGGGUUAUCUUUACAGUUCAGCACUGCAACUAUAUGGAGUAGAAUUGAAUGGAGAUUUUUGCCAGUUGCAGGAAAUGGUUAUUAAAAAAUACCAGUUCACUGACAGAAUAAAGGUGCUUCAUGCAGACAUCUGUACCCAAGGUUCACUUCUGCAAAAUGCUGAUGUUAUUAUAAUGAAUAACGUCUUCGAAUAUUUUCUUGAUGAAGCAGAACAGGCCAGAGCCUGGGAAUAUAUCAGCCAUAAUGUAAGGAAACAAGGAUCCUUAUUAGUAACAGUACCAAGCCUUGAAGAUUCUCUCUCAAGUCUUCAGGUCAGACUGCAAGGUGCAAAUAAGAAGAGCCAUUCUUUCUGUUGGAAGAUGAAGAAUUUGGAGAAGCACAGAUUUUUAGUUAGAAGUUACCUUAGGAUAAACCAGUUCAAAUCCAUUUUCUUAGAGAAAGAAAAUUAUAUCUGGAACUUCUUUGCCAAGUGGGAAAAAGCAACUUCCUCAAAAUAGAUCUGCAUUUUGGUGGUAACAUGGGACCCACAAUUUAUGGGGUAAAAUGAAGCUUGCAAAGUACUUUACGUUGGUAUUGAGAAAUUGGAUCCUUCCUACAUUGCUGGUAGGAAUAUAAGUUGGUAGGCGCCGUGGAAAACAGUUUGGUUGUUCCUCAAAAUGUUAGCCAUAGAGUUGCCAUAUGACCUACCAAUUCCACUCCUAGAUAUAUACCCAAGAAAAAGGAAAACUCACAUCCAACCUCAAAACUUGUACACAAAUGUUCAUAGUACAUUAUUUAAAAUAGCCAAAAAACAGGGUGGGGAAACAAAUAUCCAUCAACUAGUAAAUGGAUAAAUAAAUAAUGUAUAAAUAAUUCCAUACCAUGGAAUUUUAUUCAGAAUAAAAAGAAACCAAGGAUUGAUACAUGCUAGCACAUGGGUGAAUCUUGAAUACUUCAUGCUAAGUGAAAGAAACGAGUCACAAAAGAUCACGUCACAAAACGAGUCAACGAAAGAUCGCAUGUUGUAUGUUUCUAUUUAAAUGUCCAGAAUAGGCAAAUGUACAAAAAGUACAUCAGUGGUUGCUUAGAGCUGGGAGGGGGAAGAGAGGGGAUAGGAAGUGUCUAUGAAUAGGUAUGGGGUUUCUUUUUGGGGUGAUAAAAAUAGUAAAAUUAGAUCAUGGUGAUAGCUGCAUGCAUAACUGUGAAUAGAGGAAAAACCAUUGAACGGUACACUUUAAAUGGUUGAAAUUGUAUAUGAAUUACAUCUAAAUAAAAUUGUUAAAGUAAAAAAAAUGAGGUACCAAAAUUACUUUAGGUUGUAAGCGAUACCUGUGGCUUUCUCCUUAUAAGAGUUGGGUAAUUAUUUAGCACAGCAGUGUUUAUAUUAUUAAAUCAUGAAGUAAGAAGACUAUACUUAGCUUAACAAGUACAUGCUUGAUUCUCAGAAAGCAAAUAAUUACAUUAAAAAUUAUGCUAAUCUCAGGUUCAUUAGAAGAAAUGAGAUAAUUUUAGUACUCUCACUAUUUUAUAUAUAUGUGAUCAUAAAGUUAUCUGAAAACAGUGUAAACCAGUGGUCUUCUAUUCUUCCACCCAUGCAAAUCCACUGGAGAUCCUGGAUGAAUGUCUAGCAUUUUCAGAGCCUUCAUACAUUUUUUAGCACUGAAAAUAACUUUUCCAUUUAUGACUAUAGUCAUGAAACAAGAUCUGGAACAUGUCUCACUGACAAAGGUCUAAAAGAAGGCAAGCUGCCCAAAAACCAAGGAGGCAGCAGGCCUAAAAGCAAUUGAAUACACUGUCCUUUUUUUUUCUGUAUUUAGUAACAGUAACUGAACAUAGGUACCAGAACACAUGGAUGCAUACAUACCCAAAACUGUCAGAAGGCUCUUGGGUAGGAAAGGAGUAGCACUGGUAAAAUAUAUCUUUGAUCACUGCAAAAGGACUACAAUUUUUACAGGUAAAACACUGAAGAAACCAAUUUGCAGGCUCUAUUAAUAUACACAUUUAGAAUUCUAACUAGCUCUUGUAAGUACUACAUCUAAUAUUAAUACUGGUGUCAAACCAUACAGUUUUAUUGAAGUGUAAUCAAUAUAAAAUAAUCUGCAAGAAGUACAGUAAGUGUACCAUGACAUAGGUAUACACCUCUGAAUCCAUUACCAUAAUCAAGAGGACAAACAUUUCCAUCCCCACUAAGGUUUUCUCUUAUUUCUUUGUCAUCUAUCCCUCCCUUGACCCCUGUCCCAGGCAAUCACUGAUCUGAUUUCUGUUGUGAUAGAUUAGUUUGCUUUACAUAAAUGGAACCAUACUGUAUACAUUUUGUCAAACUUCUCUCAUUCAGCAUAAGGAUUUUAAUGUCUAUCCAUUUUGCACAUAUCAUUAAUUUAUUCCUUUUUACUGAUGAUUUACUACCAUUUAAAUACUACUACCACUGUAGAUCUUCCAACUUUGUUUCUCUUUCAAAAAUUUUGUGGCUACUCUACGCCCUUUGUAUUUCCAUACAAAUUUCAGAAUCUACUUGUAAAUUUCCACAGAUAAUCCUGCUGGAUUUUUUUCAUUGAGAUUACAUUGAAUCCAUAGAUCAAUUUGGAAA